CUCCACCCGUGGCUUUCCCACUCCCCAGGUCUUUCUCACUUCAAUUCUCGCCUCACAUUCAUCGCCAUGCCUGUGUUUGAGCGUCCCCAUCUGAAGGUGGACCAGCCGACGUCAGCAUUCGCCGAGGGAAAUCAACGAUGGACGAAUAAAGACCUGGAUCCAGUUCCCCCUCAAGCGCGCAAAUGGGGAGUCACUUCAUUUCUAGCCUAUUGGGUUAGCGAUGCCUUCAACGCUGCAACAUGGCAAUUCGGUGCUGGCAUUAUCGCCAUCGGUCUUUCAUGGCGCGAGUCAAUAGGCAUUGUAGCUCUUGCCUUCUUCAUUAUAUCUUUCGUCAUCGCCCUCAACGGUGCCAUUGGCGUGAUUCACCAUGCUCCAUUCCCGGUGCUCGCACGCGCUUCCUGGGGCUUUUGGGGGUCCUACAUUGCCAUCAUCUCCCGUGCCAUCCUCGCCAUAUUCUGGUUCGCCAUCCAGACCAUGAACGGUGCCAAUACGGUUCGCGUCAUGCUGGGAGCUAUCUGGCCGUCAUUCCUAACGCUGGAAAAUACAAUUCCAGAAGAUCAGGGCAUCACAACAAACACCAUGGUCUCAUUUUUCAUCUUUUGGCUUAUUCAGCUCCCAUUCCUGUACAUGCACCCCAACAGCUUGCGCAUUUUGUUCAUGGUCAAGAGUGCUGUUGUACCUGUGGCGUGGAUUGCGAUCCUCAUCUGGGCCUUCGUGGCAACCAAGGGCGAAGACAUUUUUGCCGUCACCAGCAAAUCCACCGUGCAAGGCAGCGCGUACAGCUGGGCAUUCUUGUCCAGUUUGACUUCAGUCAUUGGAAACUAUGCGACUCUAUCUGUCAACCAGGCCGAUUUCUCACGCUACUCUCGAGUUUCCGUCAAAUGGCAGCUUAUGUACGUCCCCUUUCUGCCAAUCGUCUUCACUUUUAUUGCCUUCAUCGGGAUCGCCGCAUCUUCAGCGGGGGCCGUGAAGUAUGGACACCUAGAUUGGGACCCUAUGGCUCUGGUCGAAAACUGGGAAUCGCGCGCCGCCCGUUUCUUUGCAGCUUUCAGCUUCGCGCUUGCGGCUUUGGGUGUAAACAUCUCCGCAAACUCUCUUUCUGCCGCCAACGAUCUCACCGCGCUCUUCCCGCAAUACGUUAAUAUCCGUCGCGGUCAGCUCCUCUGCGCUGUCAUCGCAUGGGCACUAGUCCCUUGGAAGAUCCUCGCAAGCGCUGGCUCUUUUCUCAACUUCAUGUCCGCGUACGCUGUAUUUUUGGGUCCCAUUGCCUCAAUCAUGGUUUUCGACUUUUGGGUCAUUCACCGCAGAAAGUACGAUACCCUCGCGUUGUACCAACCGCACGGCAUCUACCGCUACACGGGCGGUGUCAAUUGGCGCGCCGUUAUUGCCUUUCUCGUUGGUGUUGCGCCGAACAUGCCUGGCUUCAUCAACAGCAUCAACCCAGAUAUUGAUGUCGGUGUUGGCAGUAGACCGUACUCGUUUGGGUGGUUGUUGGGUUUCACGGCUACCAGUAUUGUGUAUGUCGCGUUGUCCAUGAUCUUUUCUCCUACAAGGACUAUGAUCGAGACUGCCGUCUUACCUGAUGAUAUUUACGAUGAUGGAGUCAGUGUCGGUGGAAGCGGAAGCGGGAGUGGUAGCGGUGCUGUAGAAGAAGAGGGUCGAGUCAGGGGAAAGGGUGGUUGGAAGGGAAGACUGGAGAAGAUCUUGUAA